AUGGACCUAUUUGACGAAUCCUGGGACCUUCCGGUGACCAAAAAUAUCAAUAGAGACCUCUUCACGAGUUACGAGGACGGGGAGGUCUUUGACGUCGAUAGUUUCCUUCUAGACAACAAUUUUCAUUAUGCACCUCUCGACACACUUUCCAAAGAUCUGACGCUUCUGACCCAGGAGAUGGACCAUGCGCUGCUAGAAGCCUCAAGCGAGAGCUACAAAGAUUUUGUAAAUCUGUGCGACCAGUUCUCAGAUACGGCUGAGACCAGACCAGAACUUCAAAAUGUGAAAUUGGACCUUACUCAGUUUCUGAACAAAUUACGUAAACUGACGGAAACCGACAUUCUGAACACCAAAGAAGUCGUAAAAGAUACCGUGGAUUACCUCGAAACACUCGACAAGCUAGUUGCGGUGUUGGCGGAUACUAAAGCGCUCAACUCGGGCCUUCAAUUGGGGGAAAAGCUGUGCAACGUCCUAAAUUCGCUAUGUGCCGAUAACCAAACGGGAAACAUAGAAUUUGCGCUUUGUGGCCAAGUGCUUACACAAUUGCAUCACAUCACUACAAAAGCGCAUACUACUCUACAAAACUUACAGCAAAUCGAUUCCCCGAUGAUAGUUCAGCUCAGAUCUGGGUAUCAUAGCAUCAUAGUCGAGUUUCGAGCUUGUCUUCACGUGAUGUGUGAUAAAUGUGUUGCAAAUCCUAAUGAAACCAAAGAGCUAGUCAGUCAACUCUCUGACAUGCUUCUAACAGAACACUAG